AUGGUGAAUAGAAUAGAAAAAGGCAUACAGGCUAGCAAAAUUGAAUAUGCUAGGUUACUAUUUAUUACGUACAAAUUUGUUGCUGUGCAUACUUACUUCCCAAAAGCUUUUCUCCGGCUAAAAGAAACUCAUCGUUUCGAAGUUCUUUGCCGAAAACUUAUCGAGCAGAAAAGGUCUCAUGCUCAUUUCUAUGCUAUCGUUACAUAG